GUUUCUGCUCAUGUGGCACGAGCUUGUUGAAUCUCUGGAAAUGUUCGCAACGUUUACUUUACAAAAACGUGAUAGAAAAUCAACAGACGCAGACAUAAAACGAUUUAUGGAGGUUUUCCAACUGUGUGAUGAAAGCAAGAAAGGUUACUUAAACAGAGAAGACAUGAAGAUGGCUGUUGUCAUGCUGUUUGGCUAUAAACCAUCAAAGUCUGAAACAGAUAUCUUAAUGACCAGCUACCCUUCAGUGGAGAAUUCAGGAGUCCCCCUGGAGCAGUUUGUGUGUCUGAUGGGGAAGAAGUUGACUGUGGAAGAUCACUUUGAAAGGACGAGGCGGAUCUUCAAUGCCUUUGAUGCUCAGUGCCGUGGCUUCUUGAAGCUGGAUGAUUUCAAGCGUGCAUUUGAACGCGUAGCACCACGUCUGCCAGAGAGGACUGUGCUGGAGGCAUUCCGGCACGUGGACAGUGAUGAGGACGGCUUUGUGAGCUUCAUGGACUUUGAGAAUGUGAUGCGCUUCGGCCAGGAACACAGCUGAGGAACCAGCACACAUCUCCGCCGCACCACCCCGUUCUCCUCAGACACAAGGGCCAAUGACCCCAGCAUCAUGCCACAUCACAAACCAACACAUCAUUAACCAAUGGGCUGUAUUCAUGUGACGCCUCUGAGGUGAUGGGAGCAGCACACCAAGGCACCCGAACUUGCAUGCUUAUGGGCGGGGGUCCCAGGUUCGAAUCCAGCCUAGGUCAUUUCCCAGCCAAACCCCAUCUCUCUCUCUGUGUUUUAGCAAGGGGGCAAGGGAUCGGACAGGUAAAACCAGGUGGAACCACUUGGAACAUGUGUCACUGUAUUGUAACUUCUGAAUACAGAUUGCUCAUCACUACAUACAUAACAUUCAGGGCCGCUGCUAAGGUUUUGGGGGCCCUAAGCAUAGCUGGUCAGGAAGCCCCACUCAUAAUUAAAUAAUAAUAAUAUGUUUUUUGGUCAAUCUCAAUUUAGCAGGCCCCACUUUUGCGGGCAAAGUGGUUGAGGCCCUAAGCGCUCUGCUUACUUUGCUUAUCUUAUGCCUGAUAACAAUUAUAUCGCAGUGCAUCACAUCAGUCAUGGCCAGCAGACCUGGAAAAGAGACGUCACCACCCAGUUGCAUGUUCUGUGUUGAGCCUUUCACCUCCCAACUAGUUACCCAGACAGCUAACAUACCCAGGUAACUGCAGAUCACCUGCAGAUGUGGCACAAUCUCAAUUCAAUGAACCUGUUUGGCGUUCCCUUUUCAUGAACUGUUCCAUUCGUCGUGCAGAGACACAGUCCGCCAUGCCUGCCCCAAAGCUCCAAAGCUCUCUUGAGUACAAAGGUGCUGUGGCGCAUCACACCAAGGCACCUGACCUUGCAUGCUUAUUUGGGGUGACCCAGGCCUGGGUCAUUUCCCAGCCAAACCCAAUAUCUCUCUCUCUCCUGAGGUGCAUUUCUCGAAAGCAUAGUUGCUAACUACGUUAGCUACUUUGUCGUUUUCAAUGCAAUUGCACAUUGGCAACUACCCAAGUUGCUAACUGGCUGACAACUACACUUUCGAGAAAUGCAUCCCUGCUCUCUUCGUGUCUCUGUUCUGUCUUACGCUCCAAUAAAGGCACAUUAAAGCUCAUUAAAAUAUA